GGGCUACUUCAAUGAACAAAUCAAAAGACACCUGGUGGAGGGUCCGAAACAUCACUACCAGUUAUGAUGAAUUACCAAAUGAAGAGCUUGUGCUUGAGCAUCAAGAUUUAGUGUCAAAAAUCCAAAUGCAAGUAGAGAAACAAAAAACUCCUGGAAGAAAAGAUUCACUAUUCAGGUUGAAGUACCAGAUGGAAAUCUUGUGCUUGAUGAAAACCAAGAUUCAAUAUCAAAAACACAAAUGCAAGUAAAGAAACAGAGAACAUCCAAAGGGGAAAGAAACAUUAAUAAUGAUGAUGUACCAGAUAAAAACCUUAUGCUUAAGCAUCAAGACUCAAAGUCAGAAACAGAAAUGCAAGUAAAGAAACAAAAAACUUCCCAAGGUGAAGCAUUCAUUACUCAUGACAACAUAACAGAUGAAAAUCCUGUGCUUGAGCCUCAAGAGUCAAUGUCAAAAACCCAACUUCAAGUAAACAAACAAAAAAUUGCUAAAGAGGAAAGAGUCACUACUCAUGAUAAAGUACCUGGAAAUCAUGAUCCUAAAGACUCAAUGUCAAAAACUCAACUGCAAGUAAAAAAACAAAGAGCUUCCAAAGGGGAAAGAUUCUAUGCUCUUAAUGAAGUGCUAGAUGAAAAUCUUAAGCUUAAACAUCAAGAACCCAAGUACAAUUUAAAAAACAAAAAAAAAUCCACGGAGGAAAGAAUCAGUACUCAUUUUGGAGUACCAGAUGAAAAUUUAAUGCUUGUGAAUGAAGAUUCAGUGUCACAACCCCAAAUGCAAGUAGAGAAACAAAUAACUUACAGAAAGAAAAGGUGCCAUACUUAUUUUGGCAUACCUGAUGAAAAUCUUAUGUUUGCGAGUCAAGAUUCAGCAUCAAAAUCCCAAGUGCAAGUAAAGAAAAAAAUAACUUCCAGAAAGGAAAGACGUAAAACUGAGAAAAUGGAUGAAAAAGCAGGUAAAAAUCUUUCACCUGAAGAUAAUGAAGUUUUAAUCUCAAAAGGCUCAUCUCAAAUUAAGACACUUGGAGCUACCAGAAAAGUGGGACUUACUAAACAUGAAAGGAAAUAUUCCUCGAUAAUUGAUCAGGAUAUGUAUGAACCCUCAGAUUUUACCCUUGAAGAUCUAGAACUUACUAUAGGAUACAAGGAUCAAAGAGGAAGAAGUGGAGUUUACCAAUCUCAAAGAUUGAAUGUCAAAAAUGAAGUAGCCUCAGAACUUCCAGAUAUGGCAGAUAUUCCAGCAAUUAAUCCAUCAAUUAGUGAUCUAAUACUUCAAUUAGAUUUAAACAAAGUAAUAGAAACUGAUAUAGAACACUUGAAGGAUGCCAUUGAAAGAAGUAUAUUGGUGAAGGAAAAGAAGAUACAAUCAAAGAGUCUCCCUGGUGUGAAUUUAUUCAAAAACAGAUAUAUGUCCACACAACAUCAAGAAGAUUUUUUUAACAGUCACAUUGCACCACGUAAAUUCUCUACAAACAGGAUCAGUUUUUCAACCUUUGACACUCAAGAAAGAUCUGAGUACAUUUCACCCCAUGUGAAUAAACCUCCAAAAGCAUAUCACAGAACAUCUAGGGCUGGGUCAACCAUUUAUAAAACCAUCCAGUUUCCCUCACUAAAUAAAGAACCUUCAGGGCAUCCAAAAAAUUGUAUCUCAAACAAAAAAGAAUGUUGAACUUACAAAUACUCUGCUUGCUGUGAUGUCUACAACUAAAAAACCUAUCUAUGAAGGUAAAAAAAAAAAAAAAAAAAACAACA